CAUUCUCAACCGAUGAUAAAAAGGGACGUUAGGUUUUAGUUAGGUUUCAGCUGCAGCUAAGGGAACAUGUCCUUCGUGAGCACUCUCCGCCAGUGGGAUGAAGCAGUGGCUUGUGUUGAGAACAAGGACAAAGUCUCUGCUCUCAGGAUAUUCCUGGACAUCGAGGAGAAGACAUCAAAAAUCAACUUCAAUAUCGGAUGCCUCCAUCUGGAGAACAAUGAUCUGGAUGCUGCAGAGAAGGCGUUUGACUGUAGCAUCGGCAAAGAUCAGCAUCUGGCCGUUGCUUUUUUUCAACGGGGAAUUACGUUUUACAAAAAAGAAAGGUUUGAAGAGUCACUGAUGGAUUUCCAGCAAGCUUAUAAAGAGCUAAGAGGGAACCAGCUGAUAGACUACAAACCUCUCGGACUGAUGUAUAAACUGUACGCUUGUGAGGUGCUGCACAAUAUUGGACUUCUCUAUGCGGAGAUGGGGAAAUGGGAGAACGCUCAGGAAAACCUGCUUUCAGCUCUAAACCUCCGUACAGAUUCCAAAUUCAGCCACAUCGACAAGGCUCUGGAAUCCAUUUUGAAGCAGAAACUCUUUCCCCCGGUGGCGAUUAGACCGGAGCUGAUGUUUAAACCAAAUAAGCACUAUGUGGCAGAGUUGGAGAAAAAGGACUACCUUGGAAAGGCCAAGGUUAUAUCUUCUGUGGUUCCUGCUGAUAAUUUUUCCGGUUUCGCUCCUCUUCAGCCUCAAGUUGAAGAUGCGCCAACUAAACCCAAGGCACCAGAAGUACUUAGAGCCCUUGAAGGCGAACCACACACUGUUUUGUACGAAUUAAUUCCUGAGACCAAAGAAGAACUGGCUGUGUUACCAGGCAACAUCGUUUUCGUUCUUGAAAGAGGGACUGACAACUGGGCGUCUGUUAUUUUCAACGGAAGGAAAGGAUUGGUUCCCUACAACUUCCUGGAGCCACUGAAUAUGGCCGCAAAGAUGGUGCCGGUUGCACCAUCUAUCACCGAUGAAGACAUACCCGCUCCGCCUAGACGACGAGCGCCCAGCAAACCUGGGGAUAAAGUAGAAAAGCAGGCUACCACAACUGAGACUACAGCUGCUGGUGAUGUCUCAAAAUGCAUUGUGAAAGUGCACUUCCUGUUCACCAUAUCCUUCUGCAUUGCACCAGGACAGCCGUAUGAAGUCAUUCUUAAGAUUAUCAGCACUAAACUUAAGCGACCUGCUUCUACACUCUCUCUCAGAUAUAAUAAGCCUGGAUCCACUGAAAAAGUAACAGUUGACGAGUCAGAGAUGGCGGCGUUGUGGACCUGCGUGAGCAACAGCCGCCUCACACUGUGGUGUUCAGCCACUGAGGAUAAACCUGUGACUCAGGAGAAGGUGGUGGCUCUGUAUGCUUAUGAGGGCUCCACACCUGAAGAUCUGGAUUUUGCUCAGGGUGAUGUCAUCACUGUCCUUUCUAAAGUAAAUGAAGAGUGGUUUGAGGGCGAGUGCAAUGGGAAAACUGGUAUCUUCCCAUCAUCUUUUGUUGCAGCUUGAAGAAUAAUCAGUAGAUUCAGAAGUCUGACUGAUUAAAUAAUUUGCAUUAGGAUUUUGUUAUUUAAGCUUAAGUGUAAUUCUAUCAGCAAUGCUGAAGUGCAGUUUUAUUAGGGGUUAACGUGUGUCUCUACACACUUACUUGUGUCUCUUUCUUAUGAAAAUUAAUAAUACAAGUCUACAUAUUUUAUAAACAUCAUUUAGUUUUGGAAACUACUUGUGCGCAGCCUUUUUGCCAUUAAGUUGCAAAGUUAAGUUGUUGUUUUGUAUUGACCAUCACUAAACUGUAAGCAAUGAAAUAUGAUGAGAUGUUUAUGUAUUAUAUGCUUUUACCUCACCAUAAUAAAGCUGAUCAAGA